ACUAGCAAACAUUAAUAACGCAAGCGGCACUGUUGUCAGUGUCAGUGCACAGUAGAUAUACUGCUAGCUAGCUUACCUGGCAGCCAGUGCAACUGCACUGCACGUCUCCAAUGCGCUGCUAUUAUAACGACGCGAACGCCGCGCAGGCCUUCCGUGGUAUACAGCAGCAGAAGCAGCAUCACGAUCCCGGCCCGGCGGCGCGUACGUCGACGAGGAGGAGGAGGACGUACGUACGCAGAGCAGCUGCUGGCACCAUGGCUCCCGUGAGCAUCAGCGCUGUUCCGUUCCUCCCGACGGCGGCGGAGGGGGAGACGAAGCUGCGCGCGUCGUUCGUGCGCGAGGAGGACGAGCGCCCCAAGGUGCCGCACGACCGCUUCAGCGACGAGGUGCCGGUGGUGUCGCUCGAGGGCAUCGACGGCGCGCGGCGGGCCGAGAUCCGCGCGCGCGUGGCCGCGGCCUGCGAGGACUGGGGCAUCUUCCAGGUGGUGGACCACGGCGUGGACGCCGCGCUCGUGGCCGACAUGGCGCGCCUCGCGCGCGACUUCUUCGCGCUCCCGCCCGAGGACAAGCUCCGCUUCGACAUGUCCGGCGGGAAGAAGGGCGGCUUCAUCGUCUCCAGCCACCUCCAGGGGGAGGCGGUGCAGGACUGGCGUGAGAUCGUGACCUACUUCUCGUACCCGGUGAAGGCCCGCGACUACUCCCGGUGGCCUGACAAGCCGGCGGCGUGGCGGGCGGUGGUGGAGCGGUACAGCGAGCAGCUGAUGGCGCUGGCGUGCAGGCUCCUGGGCGUGCUCUCGGAGGCCAUGGGCCUGGACACGGAGGCGCUGGCCAGGGCCUGCGUGGACAUGGACCAGAAGGUGGUGGUCAACUUCUACCCGAGGUGCCCGCAGCCGGACCUCACGCUGGGGCUCAAGCGCCACACCGACCCCGGCACCAUCACGCUGCUGCUGCAGGACCUCGUCGGCGGCCUCCAGGCCACGCGCGACGGCGGCCGGACCUGGAUCACCGUGCAGCCCGUGGAGGGCGCCUUCGUCGUCAACCUCGGCGACCACGGCCACCUCCUGAGCAACGGCAGGUUCAAGAACGCGGACCACCAGGCGGUGGUGAACUCGGAGUGCAGCCGCCUGUCCAUCGCCACGUUCCAGAACCCGGCGCCCGACGCGACGGUGUACCCGCUGGCCGUGCGCGACGGGGAGGCGCCCAUACUGGACCAUCCCAUCACCUUCGCCGAGAUGUACCGCCGCAAGAUGGCCCGCGACAUCGAGCUCGCCAGGCUCAAGAAGCAGGUCAAGGCCGACAAGAGUGCCAACAAGGAGUUCGCCGACUCCAAGCCUCUCGACGCCAUUCUUGCCUGAUAUGGUAGGGGGGGCGCGACUACCGUACCGAUCCGUUGCUAUUGCUGCGUGUGAUUUCAUCAUCUAUAAGAACAUAUAUAGCUACGUGCGACCGUGUGGUGAUUAAUUAAGGUCUGAAUAAAAUAAUAGCCGCACAAAACUAGGAAGCGAUCGAUCACCCCAGAUAAAUGUAUGUGCGUUCCCUUUUCUUUCAAGAUGUGUAAUUUUUUCAACGUGCGGUUCCAGAUAUGCAUGGACUGGACCGGAGUGCAUUGUAAUUCUUUUGUUUCCCCUGUUGAAUAUGCAAGAGGUGUGCAUGUCUUUGUAUGAACGAACGAACUAGACACACUUGUAUCUGCUCCCUUCGUUCAAUAAAUAUACGACGCCGCCGUUGAUUUU